AUGUUUUCUGCAACAGCUCAUCAAGUUGCUAAAGCUCUGGGAAAGGAGACUCUCCUCCCUGUUCCAAGUAUUAACACUGCAGACAACAUUGAAAUUCUACGCAUUGUCAUCAAGAAAAGAAGAAAGUGGCUCUUUUUUACCAGAAAACCACAUUAUGAAACAACAGAAUUCACCCUGUCUGAUGUCCUUCUUGGUGAACAUCAGAAAGAAUUUGAAGUCCUUCCACUUGAUACACAUGUUUUAACAGCUUACAAUAGUAAAUCAAAUCUGUCAUUGAAAGGUAAAUUUGGUGCUGAUUUGACUAAAGAACUGUUGGAUGUGAAACUUGGUUCAACUGAUAGUGUUGUUGUCAGCAGUCAGUUAGGAGUUUUGAAUAAAACUGAAAUAUCAACACCAAAACUGCUACAUCUCUUAGAGAAGAAGAAAAUAGACUUGCAUCAUCCUCUUAUUAGCGUGGUGAAAGAUAAUGGACAUAAAACAUUGUGUAUCAUAACUAGUAUUAUUCAUCUGAAGGAUAAUGGUAAAAUUACCAGUGAUGUUGAUUUAGAGGGGGAUGGAGAAUUUGAUUCAAAGCCUUUAAGUGUAGAUCUUGAAGGAGAUGUAAAGGAAGAUAAAUCUAAAUCAAUGGUAAUACCUAAAAAUACUAGUAUAGCAUUUUCUAUGGUUGAGUUAUUAGUGUCUGUUAAAGAUGGUUCCAUACAGGUAAUUUUAUCACAUGAUGAAAAUGGUGGAUUUACAACUGAAAAUUUUGAUGUUACUGAUGGACCUGUUCACCCAGAAUGUCCAGAAGAAAUUCUAAAGGUUUUUAAAGAAAAUGGUAAAUGUAAGGAAGUUUUAAGAUCUGUUCAACAUUUAUUACAAACACCUAAAUCUAUUAGAUCACUAAUGGAAUUGGAAGUGGAACUAAGUCAUGAUUUAAAUAUAUUACAAGCCUAUACCAAACAAAAUCUUUAUGAUGAGUUUGAUAUGGAAGAAUCUCAUAAUUAUCAUCCAUUUUUACUCCUUGCAGACUUCCAUUUUAAGGAUGAGAAAUUAUUGAUACCAGAUGAAUCUAGCAGUAUGUUUAAUGCUUGCCAUUUUCUACUAACAUUAUUACAUGAAUUAGAUGAAGACAAUAUAUUAGAUGUAUUAGCUCAAUGUCUGAUGGUCACAAAAACAACUUUAAAUACAGUUCCAGUGCUAAGAAAGUUAAAAGAAAGUAAAGAUCAUGACAUCAAAUUUACUGAAGAGAUGAUAGAGAAGUUAACAGCGACACCUAUCAAUGAUUUAAUGUUUGCUUUAGAAAUUGUUGUCAAACCUUCCAGUCUCUUGGUACAUGUUCCAUCAAGGAGUAGACUUGAUCUACAAGCUACUUAUUAUAUUUUGAAUUCAGUUUUACAAUAA